UUUCAGGAAAGCAUGGAAAUUAUCUGCAAAGAAGAUGGUAAACUACUAAUUGAACAAAUCCAGCUGUGUGAAUCAAUUGCCAUUCUUAUUAUGGAAGUGGCAUUUCCAAUCUUAUUGAUUAUUGUUCUGACGGCUAUAGGCUUUGCUUUGUACUGUUUCUAUAAAGAAGAAGUCAAAAUCUGGCUUUAUGAGAAGAAGUUAUUUCUUUGGCUCAUUACUGAGGAGGAACUUGACAAAGAUAAAAUUUGGGAUGUUUUUAUCAGUUACUCUCAUAAAGAUGAAGAUUUUGUUUUAAAUAAUUUACUUUCUGUAUUAGAAGCAGGUCCGAAUCCAUUCAAAACUUGUGUUCAUGUUAGAGACUGGGUACCAGGUGAAACAAUCACUGGACACAUUUCAAAUUCGGUGAACAAUUCCAGAAGAACGCUGGUGGUUCUCUCCAACAACUUCUUGGAGAGCGUUUGGGGAAAAAUGGAGUUCAGAACGGCACAUACCAAGGCAAUCCAUGAAGGAAGAGCUAGGGUAAUCAUUAUAAAGUAUGGUGAAUUGGAUGAUGAUAAAGUUGAUGAAGAAUUGAAGGUGUAUCUCAAAACUAAUACGUAUGUAGAGUGGGGAAAACCUUGGUUUUGGAGGAAACUCAGAUAUGCUCUUCCGCAUUCUCAUUCCCAAAAUAUUCACAGAAAUCGAAGACAUGCCAACAUGAUGUUCAAAACUGAUCAUAAAUUUAAUAUUUAGUUUCUUUUUUGUUCUAGACUAAUUGAGGAUACCUUUUACAUAAGAUGGCAUGAUUUGAAAUAUUUAUAUUCUAAUAUUUUAUUUGUUCCAAAGGAAUUUACAGCAAUAUUGUAAAGAUGAGGGUUGAAUAUUUGACUGUAAUUCCAUCAAUUUGGAAAUUCCUUGCAAUACAUUUUUUAAAUAAUUGUACAAACAAUUUCGAAACAAUCCCUCAUAUAUAUGGAACACAAAGAGUGUCCUUCAGACGAAAAAAAAUAUUGAUGUUUUAUUAGAUAUACGCUGUCGUCAGAGUUCGCUUGACGUCAUCAGGUUGAUUUUGAACAAAAGCUGAAAGACGCCUUAAUCUGUAUAUUGUGUGAUUGGCAUCAAAUCAAUUUUAAAAAUUGAAAUAAAUGAAGAAGAGUAUCAUGAAAGUUAGCUGUUACAAAUUGGUUUCGUUCAAUCAUCUAAGUCAAAGUAUAUAAUUUAGAAUUAAUUAUCCUAACUCCCGGAUAAAUAGUUUGAAGUUGUGUCACUGAAUAUGAAUUAUUACAAUUACGUUAGUAUGAUUGAUUCAAAGAAUAAUUUGAAGUACAAUAAAUACUCUUUGAAGGACUGAAACUAGUAAUUCUCAGUAAUUUUUUCCUAGACAAUCAUUCUGAAUACACUGAUUCCAUGAAAAUUUAUAAUACUAUCCAUGAUAAUAAUUAUACAAUUUUCAGGAAAGAUUUUAUUUAAGGCACGUUUCGCCAUAGGGUACCUUACUGAUUAACUUACUGAUGAACAACUUUGUUAUGUGAUGGAGUUUGACGAUACCUACUUGAUGAAAA